CCAGGCCAGCCGGGAGGAAGGUGCCUGCAGCUGAGGGCUGCGCUGGGAAGAGCUGGGGCUGGGACCUGGGUCGGCAGCUGCAGCCUCCUCUCCUGGCCUAUCUAUUUUUAAUGAGCUCCCCAGGCUUCUGCUGCGGGCAGGACGCAGAAAGACAGGCCCAAGCGGUGGAGGCCAGAGGCCCCCAGCCCUGCCUUGAGCCCUGGCCCCCCCACCCUUCCGGGCAUGAGAGGGCAGCCCUGGGGCCCCGCAGCCCCCCGGCCGGGCAGGGCUCUCCAUGCAGCUGGUGCUGAAGAUGGAUUCGAGCCCAGACCAUGACAGCUGGUUGGAGGAUCAAUGGGAGCGCUGGCUCACCCACGACAUCAGCCUGGAGGAGUUUGAGGAUGAAGACCUCUCGGAGAUCACUGAUGAGUGUGGCAUCAGCUUACAGUGCAAAGACACCCUGUCCUUACGGCCCCCGCGCGCCGGGCUGCUCUCUGCGGGCGGCGGCGGCGCUGGGAGCCGGUUGCAGGCCGAGAUGCUGCAGAUGGACCUGAUCGACGCGACGGGGGACACUCCCGGGGCCGAGGACGACGAGGAGGACGAUGACGAGGAGCGCGCGGCCCGGCGGCCGGGAGCGGGGCCGCCCAAGGCCGAGUCCGGCCAGGAGCCGGCGUCCCGCGGCCAGGGCCAGAGCCAAGGCCAGAGCCAGGGCCCGGGCAGCGGGGACACGUACCGGCCCAAGCGGCCCACCACGCUCAACCUCUUUCCGCAGGUGCCGCGGUCUCAGGACACACUGAAUAAUAAUUCUCUGGGCAAAAAGCACAGUUGGCAGGAUCGGGUGUCUCGAUCAUCCUCACCCCUGAAGACAGGGGAGCAGACACCACCCCAUGAACACAUCUGCCUGAGCGAUGAGCUGCCCCCCCAGAGCAGCCCCGCCCCCACCACAGAUCGAGGCACCUCCACCGACAGCCCUUGCCGCCGCAGCACAGCCACCCAGAUGGCACCUCCGGGUGGUCCCCCUGCUGCCCCGCCUGGGGGUCGGGGCCACUCGCAUCGAGACCGAAUCCACUACCAGGCCGAUGUGCGACUAGAGGCCACUGAGGAGAUCUACCUGACCCCAGUGCAGAGGCCCCCAGACCCUGCAGAGCCCACCUCCGCCUUCCUGCCGCCCACCGAGAGCCGGAUGUCGGUCAGCUCCGAUCCAGACCCUGCCGCCUACCCCUCCACGGCAGGGCGGCCACACCCCUCCAUCAGUGAAGAGGAGGAGGGCUUCGACUGCCUGUCGUCCCCAGAGCGGGCUGAGCCCCCAGGCGGAGGGUGGCGGGGGAGCCUGGGGGAGCCGCCGCCACCUCCACGGGCCUCUCUGAGCUCGGACACCAGCGCCCUGUCCUACGACUCUGUCAAGUACACGCUGGUGGUAGAUGAGCACGCGCAGCUGGAGCUGGUGAGCCUGCGGCCGUGCUUCGGAGACUACAGUGACGAGAGCGACUCUGCCACCGUCUACGACAACUGUGCCUCCGUCUCCUCGCCCUACGAGUCGGCCAUCGGAGAGGAAUAUGAGGAGGCCCCCCGGCCCCAGCCCCCUGCCUGCCUCUCCGAGGACUCCACGCCUGACGAACCCGACGUCCAUUUCUCCAAGAAGUUCCUGAACGUCUUCAUGAGUGGCCGUUCCCGCUCCUCCAGUGCCGAGUCCUUCGGGCUGUUCUCCUGCAUCAUCAACGGGGAGGAGCAGGAGCAGACCCACCGGGCCAUAUUCAGGUUUGUGCCUCGACACGAAGACGAACUUGAGCUGGAAGUGGAUGACCCUCUGCUGGUGGAGCUCCAGGCUGAAGACUACUGGUACGAGGCCUACAACAUGCGCACUGGUGCCCGGGGCGUCUUUCCUGCCUAUUACGCCAUCGAGGUCACCAAGGAGCCCGAGCACAUGGCAGCCCUGGCCAAAAACAGUGACUGGGUGGACCAGUUCCGGGUGAAGUUCCUGGGCUCAGUCCAGGUUCCCUAUCACAAGGGCAAUGACGUCCUCUGUGCCGCUAUGCAAAAGAUUGCCACCACUCGCCGGCUCACCGUGCACUUUAACCCACCCUCCAGCUGUGUCCUAGAGAUCAGUGUGCGGGGUGUGAAGAUAGGUGUCAAGGCCGAUGACUCCCAGGAGGCCAAGGGGAAUAAAUGUAGCCACUUUUUCCAGUUAAAAAACAUCUCUUUCUGCGGAUAUCAUCCAAAGAACAACAAGUACUUUGGCUUCAUCACCAAGCACCCCGCCGACCACCGGUUUGCCUGCCACGUCUUCGUGUCUGAAGACUCCACCAAAGCCCUGGCGGAGUCCGUGGGGAGAGCAUUCCAGCAGUUCUACAAGCAGUUUGUGGAGUACACCUGCCCCACAGAAGACAUCUACCUGGAGUAGCCGCGCAGCCCCGCCCUCUGCGUCCCCAGCCCUCAGGCCAGUGCCAGGACAGCUGGCUGCUGACAGGAUGUGGCACUGCUUGAGGAGGGGACCUGCCACCGCCAGGGGACAAGGAAGUGGGGGCCACUGGCCCAGGGUAGGGGAGGGUGGGGCAAUGGGGAGAGGCGAAUGCAGCUUAUUGUAAUAUAUGGGAUUAGAUUCAUCUAUGGCGGGCAGAGUGGGCUGCCUGGGGAUUGGGAGGGACAGGGCUUGGGGAGCAGGUCUCUGGCAGAGAAGGAUGUCCGUUGCAGGAGCACACGGCCCUGCCCCAUCCUGGGCCUUACCUCCCCUGCCAGGGCUCGGGCGCUCUGGCCCCUGCCUUGAUGAAGCCCGUGUCCUGCCUUGAUGAAGCCUGUGCCACCUGCAAGUGCCCGCCCUGCCCCUGCCCCAACCCCCACCGAAGAGCCCUGAGCUCAGGCCGAGCCCAGCCACCUCCCAAGGACUUUCCAGUGAGGAAAUGGCAACACGUGGAGAUGAAGUCCCUGUUCCCAGCUCCAUCAUCUGCGGGGCUUCUGGGUGGCUCCUGCCACUGACCUCACCGGCAUGCUGGCCUGUGGCAGGCCUAGGACCUCAGGCGGGGAGGAGGAGCUGCCUCAAGGCCCUGUCCCAGCAGAAGAGGGAGGCUUCCUGACUGACACAGGCCAGCCCCAUCUUGGUCCUGUCACCCUGGCCCCAACAAUUAAAGUGCCAUUUCCUGUCUGGA